GGGCUGCGCAGCGCGAAGCUGGAACGCCGUAGUUGUAGCUGCCGUUGGGUGGCGGUUGGGGGAAGGCACCGAGCCCGGUCUCCUCCUUCGCAGGGGCGGGACGCGACACGUCAGGGCAGAAGCCAUGGACAAACACGCGAAGGCGUCGAGACUUCUCUCGGGUGGGAAGGGGGAGCGGCGUUUAAGCAUGUUCGAGAAAGACAGCCAUGCACAGCUCUUAAAAGACAGAAUGAGAAAUUCAAGCCAUGAAGUUCACGGUAUGGAACCAAUGGAUGGGGAAUCGUUUGCAGAGUUUGGGAAAAGUGAAAUAUUUACAUUGAAGACUAGCAUGGCAAAAAUAAAAUAUGCCAAUACGUACAGAAUGGAGCCAUAUAGGAAAUUCCAGGCUCAUUUAGUAAGAAACAAAGCUCAACUUAUACUAACGCAGAGACUUCAAAAAACCAAGUAUAAUGGUGCGACUAGUGUCUUCUUGUGUAAUUCAAUCUCAGAAGAAAUAUUAAGAGCUGUCAAGGACAUGGGCUUUGAUCGCUAUAAAUAUGUAGUAACAGUCCUAAUCUUGCAAAAGACUGGUCAGGCAAUAAAAAUGUCCAGCAGAUGGGUCUGGGAUGUUGCAAGGGACAACUGGGUUUCAGCUAAAUGUGAAACAGAAUCCUUUAUUUCAUUGGCUUUGAUAAUGGCUUGUUAUUAUGAGUAGUUCUCUAAAAGCAACCUCUGUUAACGGUCAUCACAAUACUCUGUAUAAUUGUUCAAAAAUCUUCAUAAAGUUACAGUUAUUUUAGAACACUUCCUUUGUUAAGUUAAAAACAGUUGAUACAUUGAAAUUCACAUACAUUUAAACAAAUUUUACCAAUUCUUUUCUAUAAUUUUUUUAAAAAUGUAUAUGGGAGAGUCCAUACUGUAUACAUCUGCUGUGUUUAUGAAUUUAUGACAGGUACAAAGAACACAUUUUGCAAGGUGCUGAAUGGGGCCUCGCACAUUCUAAAGAAUGGGUUCCAACAAAUUACAUGUGACAAUUCCAUUCAUAAAAGGGAAAUAUUCUGCUCUUUGAGGUGACUCUGAAACAGAAAAGUAACAUUGUAUUUACUCUCAGUUGUCAUAUUCAUCAAAUUCCACAGCAAGAAUCUCUUCAGAGAUCUAGUAGUGAGGAAAGCCACUGUAAUGUGGCUUAUUUUUAAAAUCUUUUCUUAGAUUAAAUACAUUUUCCCUACUGUAGCCAGCUGUUUUUUCUUAUGCCUGUUAAACUCUCAUUUUUGUACUUUCAAGUUUGGAACAUUCCAUUUAAGGUCCCAGUCCUGCUCCUGUUGAAGUCAGUAGGAGUGUUGUCAUUGACUUCACUGAUACCAGGAUGGACCCCAAAUUACAAAUCAUCAGCUGUUUUAUAAUCCUUAGUCUGGAGGCUGAUAUAUUGUAUUUAGUGGAUUCAAUGACUUUUUUUAUUUCAUCGGACUGGUUUGUAAUGACAACAAAGCCAGAAGAGCUGUAAAAUCCAUUCAGUGACAACCUAAAAUCUUUGGAGAUGGAUAUGUAAUUGACAGUUAAUGACAACAAUACAUAUAUAUAUUGAAAAGAAUGGCUAAGACAAAAUUUGCAAAGUACUUAUACAGAAUGUUAGAACUGCUAACAUUAUUAACCUAACAGUGACUCAAAUCUGCUAUUAUUUCAUUGAUAUUGUUCAAACAUAAUGAUUCAAAAGAAAAUAAAUAGUAUUUGUUUUCAAAAUAAUAUAGAUCAUGUUUAAUUUUCUGUUACAUAACCAAGCCAUCAGGCAUUUCAAGGUUGUAGUUAAUGCCUUUGACUACAAAGCAAGGGUAGCUUUAGUAUCAGGGUUCAUGAGUUCAGUUGUACCCGUAGAAAUCACCCUUAGUGCUGGCUCUUGUCCCAUGAGGCUGUGACCAUGUACCAGGUCACAAUGCCCAGAGCAGGGAGCCAUGCCCAGCCCUGUGGGACAGGAGCUGCUGCUACUGGACAAGUGUAGUGCUCUCUCACUCUUCAAGCCCACUGCCUCCUCGCACCCAGGACUUCCCCUCCCCAUUAGCAUUGUGGUGUUGGGGAGAGGGUGCUGAUUUGGGUGGUCAGUAUCCCCUCUUUAGUUUAGUAUAGUGCAUGCAUUGAAUCAGGAGGCUACGUCCACCCCUGCCACAAAGCAAAUACUUCUUACAUAGACAAGGCAUCAGAAUGGUAAUUUCACCUGGACAUGGUAACAACUGGCUUCUUCAAGCUUAAUAAACUUGGGCUCCACUCCAGUAAACACUUAAGCAAUGGGUCAAGUAUGAGGGGGUAGCUGUGUUAGUGUAAAUGUAAAUAUAUAUAUAAGCUUCUUAUUCUGUAAAUGCUAACACACACAAUAAUUUUGCACAUGUGAGUGGUCCUAGAGAACUCAAUGGGACUAAAAGAAAAGGAGUACUUGUCGCACCUUAGAGACUAAUCAAUUUA